AUGUCACUUCAAUCUGCCAUCAUCCACUCUGAUCUCAUUUGGCGAUCAACCAUGGCUCAGCCCAACACGCCGACACCGACGCAGCUCUUAGCGCGCAGCAAGCGCUUCUUCUACGGCGCGACGGCCGCCGUAACUGGCACAUUCCGAGCACUGGCGGACGAUGAAGUGCGCGUUGUAUUCUGGAGGAGCAUGAAGGUGCUGCUGAUCAUGGCUGCUGUGUUGUCUGCCGUGCUGCAUUUGCUGCUGCUGCCCAUCGAGUGGAUCAGCAUGAUCUUCCUGAGCCCCGAGACGGUGGACGCCACUGUUCGCGCCUUCCGCUAUGCAGCUGCCUCCACGAUCCCGUUCCUGCUCGUUGGUGCGUGCCGCGCCUUUAGCGUCAGUAUGUUCGAGAACGCCUUCUUUGCGGGGCUCGCAACACGUGACACGGAACUCGUCAAAGCGAUUCGAAAGAAAAAAGCAAUCUACUGGGACUGGGAGUACGUCCGUCACUUGAUGCGCUUCGGACUGCGACAACUGGGCUUUGGCCUCGUGGCACUGGUGGCAAAGCCUCUUCUGGGUGUGCUGAUCCCCAUUGCGCAGUUCGGAUACCGCAUUCGACACAUGGAGCCGGCUUUCCUUGUGCCUCUCUUCGUGGCGUUUAUUCUCCCGGCCACGCGUGAGGCGGCUCUGCAACUUGUUCACGUGUGGCUUGACUCACGAGCCAUGAUCCGCGAACUGUACGACCCCAUCAUUGCUCGUCUGAAAUCUGCAGCUAAAGACGGCGACCCCAACAUCAGCACCGAUCUACUCACCGAUAUGGAGAUCGACGGCGAAGAGUACGAUAGUCACGCGGAGAAGCGGGACUGGCGUCAAAGUGGAAGUGACGCCGCUCGGUUGGGUUUCGGACUUGUGUUCUGUUACAUGUUGCAGGUGCCAUAUCUUGGCCCAUUCACCUGGUUCGUGGGUUUUGCUGCUGCUGGACUGUUCGCCCCCGAGCUCGUUGAUUUGAGCGCUUUUGGCAGCGUGAACAAGAAAAUGAAGUAA